AUGUCAACAGAAGAUAACGAAUACGACCUUCAAGAAGCGUGGGAGCAGGCCUGCCGAUCGUUUGCAACUACGGCACAUGUCGACAUCAAUCUCCUUCAGGGCCGAGCUCUAACUCCCGAUGAUGUGGUUGCGCAACUUAAGUUGAAGCGCCAUGCGGAUGAAGAGAAAAAGGCACAAUACAAAGUACUCAAAGAUGUACUUGGGAGGACCCUUGUUCUUAUCCAGAACUUGGGCGAGAUUGCAUCGUCGGCCGCCAGCAUGGUGUAUGGCCCUAGUACGCUCUGCUUCAACGCUGUAUCGUACCUCAUUGCUGCUGGCCAGAAUUACAGGAACAUUUUUGCCAGCCUAACGCAGCUCUUCAAGGAUGUCUCUGACAUUCUAGAAAGAUUUGCCGUCUACAUAAAGAUGAAACAAGUGGACAGGCCUCUUCGAAAAAUCAUCCAUGAAAUCCUCCUGUCGUUUGUGUCUAUCUGCGAGCUUUCAGUGCACGUCAUCCAUGGAAACAAGUUGGGGAAAUUCCUCAAAGUUUUUGCCUUCAACGAAGAUGACGGUGUUGGUGGUGCAAUAGCUAGUCUGAGGACUCUCGUUGAACGAGAGGCUCAGAUGAAAGCCACGCUGACUUAUCAAAUUGUCAAAGAAGGGUUUGGUGACGCCCAGGUUGCUAUAUCUGGAGUAAAAGCAUCCGUGGACAAGAUGAUGGACGACGCACGAAAGAAGGAGUCUGACAGCCUAGAACGAAAGCAAGUCGAGAAAAUCAAGGCCAAACUUGGUGUACAGGAGGAGGUUGAUGAACAAGUCAAAUUACAUCGCCGCCUUUUAUCUGAAACUGUUCCAGGCAGUGGACGCUGGAUCUAUGAGAACAGACAGUUCAUCGAAUGGAGUGAUCGAUCUUCCCCCUGGGACAAGGUGUUUCUCCUUUCGGCAAAUGAAGGAUACGGCAAAUCCUUUCUCGUGACGACCAUUGUUCAUGGUCUGGAAAAACGCUACACCCGCUCUACAUCAGACCCGUCACGACCGACGACAGCGUAUUACUAUGUGGAGCAGCAAAGUUCAGGAAGAACCCCCAUCAGGGAUCAGGGUGUGCAACCCAUCGUGAGGGCACUCAAGACUUUAGCGCUACAAUUAGCCCAGGAACCGGUUUAUCGCAAAGAUCUCGCUGCCCUUUGUGAGAAUUGGAUUGAGCCUGACAGCCCAGAAGAACUCUUCUCACGGCUGUUCGGACCAUGCUUGCGUAGUCACGAGACCUUCUAUGUCAUACUGGAUGGCAUUGACCAGAUGGGAGAACAGAGUGUGAAGACUCUUCUCGAUCUCUUGAAGGUGAUGCAGGCACAACACACCCCAGAUCAACAAAGCCAUCUCAGAAUACUGCUCUCGGGGCGACCACCACUUCUGAAACCCCUUACAAACCCCGUCCAACUCAGGGCAGUGAACAUCGAUAUUGCCGUCAGUAAUGGACCGGACCUAGUAUGCUUCAUUGCCGACAGACUGUAUCGAAUAGACGUCUUGCAAGGGAAAUCGGAGCAGGUCCAGAAUCUUCGAAAAGAGGUCUUCUUGAGUCUCUCUGAAGGGGCCCAGGGCGAUUUCAUCAAUGUCGAGCUGCUUUUGAAGGAGAUAGGCUCAAAACGCUGGCCGGCCGAGAUCCGUGACGUCCUUGCCAACAAGUCUCAAAGAUCAGAUACGAUAGCUCGCGAAGUUAGGCGCUGCAAUCAAACCUUUCAGGCACGAGAUAUCCAUGAUCUCAAUGUUCUUCUUACCUGGGUCAUGUCCGCCAAAAGGACCCUGACGGUGGAAGAGCUCGAAGCUGUCCUAUUUCUGAAGAACAAAGAGGCCUCUUUGAGACCGCUGUACGACCAGCUGCGCGAUCAAUAUUCAGCUUUCUUCUUCGUCGAAAAGCCCGACGACCUUGAGCCGAACAAGGCUUCGGUAACAUUGGUGUCCAACUCCAUUAAAGAAUACUUCCGCAGUCUGGUUCAGACUAAGCAAGAGGAGGAGGGCACCCAGAGAGGCAAAAUCCAUCCAUCCGAGAUCAAAAUCAUGCGGCGCUUCUUGGAGCGCCUUUGCGACGAGGAUUUGUAUGCAAAAUUCGGCUUUGAGGAAUUCUUCCAGCGGAAAUUGUCUUCGAAUACUGCACUCGUUCAUGUCGACCUAGACAAUUCUCACCUACAGGUAUUUCUUGAUUGCCUUCAUACUAUCCCUCGCUAUGAGGAAGUCGCAGUGCGGCCCUUGCACCAUUACGCACGUCGAUUCUUUGUGGCUCAUUUACAAGAAAUUGAUCUGACUACGACGAGCCCCAGCGACAAAGCACAAGUAGGGCAGUACCUUGUCGACAUGUUCAGCGAUCAGAAUAUCAUCGCGAAAUGGUGGAACAGCCACCAAAUAUACUCUUCUGCCGCCGAAUGGUUCUAUGAGGAUGGUAACGUUGAUGUAGUCUUGGGUUGGCUGAGAGACCCUGCGACGAUUGGAAAGUGCUCUCAAGCAGGGCGAGACUGGGUCAAGACUCUGGCAUCGAACUCCUUCCCAGAUGCCGACCUUUUGGAACACGUCUCCACCUAUCUCGCGGAUUGUCUCUUCUGCAGCCCAUCAGUGUUCAGAGGCAACCCGGUAAAUCUCGUCCGCAUGCUGCAUGCAUUUCUCCGCAAGCUUCGUCGACGCAGGUCCCCAUCAAAAUCUACACUGCAGGUGAACAUGGCCACCAAGCCCAUAACAGUCAAACAGAUAAACGAAAUAUCCAAAUGGGCAUCAGAGCGCCUGCGCAUUGACAAGCCUGGCUUUGAAUGGACUCGGUCGGUUGCCCGGGCGUAUCGACAAUUCGACCACUACCAGGAAGCCAUCCAAGCUUAUGAGGCUGCAGGUAAGCUGCGAGAAGAUCACUGGUUUUCCGACUAUGGACUGGCCUCCACGUAUUUCGACUUUGAAGAGUGGCCGAAAGCAGCAGAGGUAUAUGAGGACAUCCUUCGGAGGGUCGAGGCAGGUGAGGCCAAAGAACCCUCACCUGCGGAGCACAUUACAAGAAUUCGCCUCUGUCUUGCAUGGGCCUACGUCCAAACUGGCGAGUAUGACAAGGCAAUGGCGAUGUACAAUCAACAUUUGGUAACCAAUCCUGAUGAUUACACAGCGGUACUGGAGAGGAUGAUCGCGCUGAGGCGACAACAAAAAUUCGCCAACAUCAUCGAAACAUUGCAACAGCUUCAGAAAGAACAGGACCCUACACACAGCAUCAGCCGCUUGAGCGUGAUAUUGCACAACAUAGAUGACCUGGAUCUACAUAAUGGGAUUGUGCUCGCUGGGAUGAAGACUGGCAGUCUUCGUUUCGUGCAAACGGCAUAUCGAAGUGCGAUCGAAGAAGCCCUGGAUCCGGGAUAUUUACCCAGGAACACACAUGCAAAGGCGCAAUAUCGAGUCAUGUUGACCUGCAAGCUGGCAGACCUUCUGUACAACUACCCGCAAAGCCACGAAGAUCGAGAAGAAGCCAUGGAUCUAUGGGAAGCUUCUUUGGCUGAUGCGGAUGAUAUCGGCUUCACUCCUUCCCGUUUCGCAGCCGCGAAGUCACUCUCCACUGUGUACUUUGAGCAACUGCGCCAAGGAUCCCAGGACUCGCAGUCGACCGCCGAGACGAUCAAGAAACUCUUACAACUGUCUGGAGAAAUGACUUCGGAGACUGACGCGUUCGAGAGCACCCUCGAUACCAGGCUUCUUGUCGGUCGCUACUACAGUAAAGCUGGGAUGAAGACGGAGGCGAGAGAUUGUCUUCGAGGCCACAUCAAAGUGGGAAUAGACCUGCUAUCCGAUGAGGAUCCAAACAAUGACUGGCAGGGAUAUCUGCGACUGGCCAGCGCUCUCAUGUAUUACGGCGACAAGGACGCAGCGCUUGCGGCGUGGUCACUGAUCGGACCGAACGACUUCAGUCAGCAGGAUGAUGUGGAUGGAUUCGAAGAGGUCAAUGAUGCUACAACAACCAAGAUACCGGGCGUCGGGAAGGAAGAUGCUAGCAUCACCUUCGACAACGACACAGCCGAUACCUUGGCUUCAGACGGACCGCAGAAGCCAGACCAAACUGCUCCUCCUGCUCGAGCGAAGACGUUCCGAAAGCUUGAAGGCCCACUUGAUUACUAUUGCGACGGUGGAGGCUGUGAGCAUGGAUGGACGUAUGCCGAUGGCAUAUACGUCUGCAUGGACUGUCUAGACGUUAUGUUUGCCGCACCUUGUUACGAGCUGCUCCGCAAAGACGCGCUCGAAAUCAAGGCAUGUAGCCCCACUCAUGACUUUCUUCACGUUCCUUUAUGGGACGAACAUGAAGCCGAAGAAAGGGGUCCUCACCAAGUACGUCAAGCGGGAAAGCCGGUACCUGUGUCUGAGUGGAUCAAAGAGAUUCGUCAGAAGUGGCAGCUUGAGGAUGGAUGA